CUAAUUCUGUCCUACAGCGGUCCCUACCCAGGCAGUCUUUAAAAGGAGGCAGCACUGAGCUGUGAGGCUUAUUCAUGCAUCUCACUCCUUCAAGAGAACGCUCCUGCUACUUCUGACAAAUCCAAAGUCAGCCUCUCUGGAAAUCGAUUUUAUCUUCAAUUUAGCAGCUUCAAAUUGACUGCCCUGAGCAAUUGAAGAGAGCUUGGUGCAGGACUCUCAGAGACAUGAAUUACUCACGGUUCAUUACUGCGACCAGCGCAGCCAGAAAACCUUCUCCCAUCCCAAACAAGGCUGAUAUCCUGCACAGGGCACCAAAAUCUCUCAUUUCCUUGGCUCCUGGAUGUCCAAACCCAGACACCUUCCCUUUUAAGAGUGCUGUUAUCACUUUAGAAAAUGGAAAUACCAUCCAAAUUGAAGGAGAGAUCAUGAAGAAAGCACUUCAGUAUAAUAUAACUGAUGGAAUUCCAGAGCUUGUGUCCUGGCUAAAACAGUUCCAAAUAAAAUUGCAUAAUCCUCCCACUAUCCAUUAUGCACCUAAUCAAGGACAAAUGGAUCUUUGUGUCACAUCAGGCUGCCAAGAUGGCCUUUGUAAGGCAUUUGAAAUGAUAAUUAAUCCUGGAGAUAAUGUCCUCCUAAAUGAACCAGUUUAUCCAGGAACACUCCACGCUCUGCUCCCCCUGGGCUGCAACAUUAUUAAUGUCCCCAGUGAUGAGUUUGGGAUGAUUCCCGAUGCCCUCAAAGAAAUCCUUUCCAAAUGGGAACCAGAAGAUUCCAAGGACCCUACCAAAAACACCCCCAAAUUUCUCUACACUAUCCCCAAUGGCAACAACCCCGCUGGAAACUCACUGACAGGUGACCGCAAGAAGGAGAUAUACAAGCUUGCAAGCAAAUAUGAUUUCCUCAUAAUAGAAGAUGAUCCUUACUACUUUCUCCAGUUCAAUAAGCCCUGGGCACCAACAUUUCUCUCCAUGGAUGUGGAUGGGCGUGUCAUCAGAGCUGAUUCCUUUUCAAAACUCCUCUCCUCUGGGUUGAGAGUAGGGUUUGUAACUGGCCCAAAACCAUUAAUAGAGAGAAUUGUUUUACACACACAAGUUUCAUCAAUUCAUGUCUCCACUUUCUCCCAGAUUAUGGUAUCAGAGCUUUUACAUCAAUGGGGAGAAGAAGGUUUCCUGGCUCAUGUAGACAGAAUUAUUAAUUUCUACAGGAAUCAGAGGGACGCCAUGCUGGCAGCUGCAGAGAAGUGGUUAAGUGGUCUGGCAGAAUGGCAUGUACCUGUUGCUGGUCUGUUUCUAUGGAUUAAAAUUAAAGGCAUUUCUGAUUCAGAGCAACUGAUUGAAGAAGAGGCCAUUAAGAAAGGGGUUUUACUGGUUCCAGGGAAGGCUUUCUACAUCGAUAGCUCAGCUCCCAGUCCUUACUUCAGAGCGUGCUUCUCCCUCGUUUCUGCAGAAGAAAUGGACAUGGGCUUCCAGAGAUUAGCCCAAAUUAUAAAAGAAUCUUUAUGAAGAAAUCUAACUAACAAUAGUAGUCAUGGAUUUUUCUGAUACACUUUUUCCACAUUUUCUCUGAAGGAAACAACUGUUGAUGUUAGCCUUACAAAGUGGUAUCAGACAUCAUAUACACACAUAUGUGUAUGUGUGGUAGUUAACUAGAAAACAUUUGAAAUACCUUUCAAUCUAUCAGAUUACAAAAAUAUAUUUGGAAGCCACUCAGGCUUUUUCACUUCUCAAUGUGCAAAUAUUUUUUUCCUUUUUUAAUUAGUUAAGCUUAUUGGUAUAUGGUACAUAUGCAUAAUGAUCCCAUUCAUCUUGGGGAAUUUGUACCUAGCAUGAUAUAUCUUCAUUCUUUUUUUCCUAUUCCCAUCUCUUCCCUUCAAUCUCUAUUGUCUUCCUCAUUUACAAAAUUUUUCUUUCCAGUUUUUCCUCCUUUUCUUACUUAUUUUUUCCUUUCUCUUCCUUCCUCUUCUCUCCUCAGUUCCCUUUCUCAUUUGAACAAUUUCUUCCUGUUACACAGUAUCUGUUAUACAUUUUGGUCCUUAUGCUAUAUUUACAUACGUGCUUCCAAUUUAUUUCACUUAAAAGUAUGGUCACCAGGUGCAUUCAUUUACCCAGAAAUGUUAUCUCAAGUUUACCCAUUUAUGGCUGGUUAGUGCUCCAUUGUUUAAAAAAAAAAAAGAACAGAUUUAGCUAUUACAAAUUCUGCUGCUAUAAACAUGGGUGUGCAUGUAUCAUUGAGGUGUGAUGCUUUUAAUUCUUUCAAGAUACCAAGAAGAGAAUAGUUGUCUCAAAUAAAACCUCCAGUUUUAUUGAGGAAUCUGUGCAUUGAUUUCCACAGUGUUUGCACUCCCACCAAUGGUGGGAAAGGGUUCCUUUUGCCCACAAUUGUGCCAGCAUUUGUUAUUGAUUCAUUUUUUAAAAAAUACUUCUAUCUUACAUUUUACUGUAAAGGACUCUGUAGUUGCCUUAAAGCGUCACAUAAAUUUUCAUUAAAACUAGCACUUUACUGGAAAUUAUUUUGUAAUUUUAAGAAAACAAUUAAAUUCAAAAUGAUAUGUAAUGUAUACUUUAUCUGUUUCUAGGAGCACCACGAUAGCCUAUGGCAAAAAUUAUUGUUAUUAUAUGACCAUUGUACAUGAGUUUUUAAUAAAAAUACCAGUAGUAGCAUUUGUUUCAUAAUGUUUUGUCUAUAGCAGACUUUCGUAACUCUAAGAUUUAAAAAAGUAGGAAAAACUACUGCACUACAAGGAAAAGCUAAAAACAGUGUAAGCAAUUUUAUACAACUAGGUUUAUUCUAGCAUGUCAGGUCACCAUAAUCCCUCAGUGACUAGAGACUAGUAGAAUUACUGAAAUAUUUCCAUUCAUUAUAUUCUUUUGCAAGUCUGUGGCAUCUGUAACCAAGAGACAAUUAUAAGUACAGAUAACUAAUCAGCAGUAUUGCUUACACCCAAGAACUAACGUGAAGCUACCUCUACUGUUUUACUUCAGCUUCUCUAAAAUAAAAAUGCCACAUAAAUGAUAGCUUUUUAUGGGGAAACUAAUCUCAUCAGGCCGUGACUUAAAACCUCAUACAUUAAACCUCAGAAAAAAAUUUUCUUUCAACAGAACAUGUCAUUUCAAGUAUUUUGUGACUAUUUUGGGUUUCA